AUGGACAAAGUUGCGAACCUUGAGUCAUGUUCAACCCCUAACAUUGCAUCUACUACCGUUUCACAAGUUCUACAGGAGACUUUUGAGCGUGAAAGAUGUUCUUAUAAUGCUCUUGUGUAUGGUGUCCCUGAGUCAAUUUCCUCAACUAUUACUGAACGUGUAAAAGACGAUAAGGAAACUUUUCAAAAACUACUCGAAGAGAAUAUUCGAUUGAGCCCUCUCAUGGCUCUAAAAGAUACAUCUAAACUGAUUGUGUCCUUUGCUGAGUUAAGAAACCAAGGGGUAUCAAUUACGCAGGGAUUUCGAAUUGUCAAGGACAAGACCAAACUCCAGCGUGAACAAUUGAGACCAUGCCACUCGGAAAUUGACCAUAGGACUAGCAAUAGCGAAUCUGGGCUUUCCAUCAAGUAUGACAGAUGUAUUUCCAAUAACUAUUGUAGUCGUGGUGGUGGUGUUCUCAUUGGCAUUCGUAAAGAUUACCCUGCAUGCAAUAUUAAAGUUACUCAAUUAAAUGUUGAACAUGUUUUUGUCCAUUUUACUAUUGGUUCUUACAGUUUCAUCGUUGGUGGUGUCUAUAUUCCCCCACUCUCUUCUCCUUUAAUUUAUGAAUCGCACGUAUCUUCCAUUGAAUAUUUGCUUAAUACUUAUCCUUAUGACAAAUUUAUUAUUUGUGGGGAUUAUAAUAUUCCUGAAACAGUAUGGGAUAAUGAUGAUUAUGGUAUUAUUUACUCUUAUUCCUCUCCUGCUCGUGCCCCUUGUAUUCCCGAAUCAUUUACAACAAAUGGAUUCUUUCAAAAAAAUAAUAUUUAUAAUUCAACCAAUUCGAUUCUAGACCUAGUUUUUUGCAAUGAUAAAGCUCUAACCGUUGAAAAGUCGCUUGACCCGCUAGUUCCUAUUGACAAAUACCACCCAGCUUUAAAUAUUUUACUUCCAUUUGGUCUCCCGGUACCAAGCUGUAAGCAGAGCCACAAAUUCUACAAUUUUCGCAAAGGCGAUUAUGGGAAUAUCCGUUCCUUUAUGUCUUCAUUUAACUGGUCUUCAACUUUUUCUCAAUACGACCUGAAUUCAGCGGUUAAUGUGUUAUACGAUGCAUUGCAUAAAUCAAUCCUUAAUCACAUCUCCCUAGUCUCUUUUAAUGAAUCAACAUUCCCACCCUGUGUUAAUGAUUAUAGAGAAUUCUCUUUACUCCGUGCUAAACUUAAAUAUGAAACAAAAAGAUGUUACCGCGACUUUAUACACCGUACUGAAACAAUCCUUAGGAUAAAGCCUAAUGAUUUUUGGAAAUUUGUUAGAAACAACUACACACAAAAUUGUAUUUCCAAGGAAAUGUCAUACAACGAAUUCACUUCUAGUAAUGAACAAGAGGUUGCGAAUCUCUUCUCUGCCUACUUUUUCUCAGUCUACUCUACUAAACGAGUUGAUUUUGAUGCCAAACAAAUUGAUGUUCCUGCCUUUGAUCUGCCCAAUAAUGCUUUUUUCAGCGCUGAAGAUGAAUUCCAUGGCCUAUCCUCGUUGGAAAAUGUAUGGUCCAUUGGCCCGGAUGGCCUCUCAGGUCAUUUUUUAUUUGAACUAAGAACAAUUAUUGCUUAUCCACUAUGGCUUCUAUUUAGGAGGACACUUGAUGAAGGCACUUUUCCUUCCAUGUUCAAAUUCAGUUCUGUAAUUCCUAUUCCCAAAUCUGGUAGCUCCUCAAUUGUUUCCAAUUAUCGACCUAUCUCCAUCCAAUCGCAUAUCUCAAAAAUAUUUGAACACCUAGUCUUAAAUGCAAUUCAACCGACCGUUAAUUCUAUUUUAGCCGAAGAACAGCAUGGCUUUCGCCCAAGACGGUCUACCACCACAUGCAAUCUUGUAUUCAAUAACUAUGUCUACGCCUCUUUUCAACACCGAACUCAAGUAGAUGUAAUCUACAUUUAUUUCCAAAAAGCAUUCGAUUCAGUCAAUCAUAAUGUGCUUAUACAUAUUCUCAAAGAAUCAGCUUCGUCUGGUGUCCCUCAAGGGACAAUCAAGGGAUAUCUGUCGCCAAUAUUGUUUUCAUUAUUUAUUUACAACCUCCAUCAUGUGCUACAUCACUGUCAAUUUCUAUGUUUAGCUGAUGACAUCAAGUUAUGA